AUGUACUUCAAUGUGCUCGGCACCGACAUGAUCAUCAUCCACAGCUUGCAAGUCGCAAAGGACCUUAUGGAGAAGCGAGGUGCGAUUCACUCUGGUCGACCUGGAGACGUGAUGAACUAUUAUGUGAUGGGGUGGGAUUGGAACGUCCGUGGCAUUGGGCAGACGGAGGUCGCGCAGCAUGAAGUGGUCAUCGUAGAAGAGACACAGCCCAUGCUCGAGGGGUUGCCUAGUGUACAAGGGGACCCGUGGGAUGUCUUUCAAGCUCAUGUCGGUGCUGUCGUGAUCAGAGUGACAUACGGGGAUAGCAUUUACAAGGAGCAUGGCAAAGAAAUGAAAGAUCUCAAUCAUGAAACGCUCGAUCUUGUCACCUGGGUUUCGACGCAGUUUUGGCUCGUCAACUUUAUCCCCUGGCUUCGCUUUUUACCUGACUGGCUCCCUCUCUCAUUCAAGAAGAUUGGCAACAAGGGACUAGAACUACAGAAGCGAAUGCACUUUUGGCCCUGGCAGCAGACGGUCGACCAUUACAAACGAGGCAUAGCCGUGCCCAGUAUUGCGUUAGAGUACCUCGAAAAGGACGAGAAUCUCGACACAGUUCGGGAUGCAUCGGGGAUGAUGUAUAGUGCUGGUACAGAUAAUACAGCGUCGACGUUUGCAAGCUUUACUUCGCAAAUGCUCCUCCAUCCACAUGUCCAGAGGAAGAUUCAAGCUGAACUGGACGCAGAAAAGGGUCCGAGCGACACAUUACCCUCGUUCGAACAGCGACCACAGCUACUAUACCUCGACGCUGCAUGGAGAGAGUCGAUGCUAUUGAAUCCCUCGACGCCCCUUGGCGUACCUCAUACCGCACUCCAGGAAGAUGUCCAUGAAGGGUAUUAUAUCCCAAAAGAUACGCUCCUCAUGACCAACAUCGGUUUAUGUGUCGCGAACCGCGUAUCUUUACCCACCCAAACUCGUAUCCCCCCGAAAGGUGGCUUCCAGAGCACAAUGCAGCCGCAUCAAAUCUGCCUGAUGUAUACGACAUUGUAUUCGGCUUUGGAAGAAGAUAGAAUUGGCUUCACAUUCGCUGCUGCAGUGCUCAAGAUGUACGAUAUCUUACAAUUACAAGGCGAAGAGUUACCCAAAGAGUUUACGUAUCAAGACGCCAUCACGCGACGACCAGAAGACGUUCGCUGCCGCUUCGUCCCGAGCAAACAAGACUAG